GUGCGUAUCCAACCAGUCUUAAGACUGACGACCAUAUGAUAUUACUAUUUUACACCAUUUAUUUUCUUAAAUUUUUGUCCCUUUCCAGGCACUCUAUCGCCAUCUACCCUGUUCUAGUUUAGGUAUAACUAAUUUUUAAUAAUUAAAUCUCGUGAGUUUUUCUACAGAUUGCGCUCACUACACUGCUUGUAAUAAUUUAUAAUUUCAUAACCUAAACAUUUUAAUUUCAAUGCAAUUAGCCGGCGCAAGUUUCACGUUAUUCUAAUUAUGUUCUUAUUUAAUACAUGGGAUGAAUAUUAAGAAUAAUUAUAUUAAUUUCAAUUAUUUUUUUUAAUAAUAUGGUAUGUAGUUAAUUUAGAAAAUAGUUGUAAUGGAAGUGGAACAACCUGCAAUUAACACUUUGCUCUCUGAUUAUACAUCUAGAUUAGGGCAAUGUGAAGUAUGUUCUGUGACAGCCGCAAAGUACACCUGUCCUCGUUGUGAAUUAAAGACAUGUUGUCUAAAAUGCUCCUCCAUCCAUAAAAAGGAAUUAAAUUGUAAUGGUGAAAGAGAUAAAACUAAGUACAUACCAAUGGACAAAUUUACUAGUUUAGAUCUGUCCAAUGAUAUUUGUAUGUUAGAAGAGAUAUCACGAACUGUUGAAAAAUUAAAAAAAGAUGCUUACAAGAAAUUUCCUAAAAAUUCCUUACUUCCAUAUCAUUUGCAUCGAUUACAAAAAGCAGCAGAUAGAAGGAAGACAGUCAUAAAAUUUCUGCCGCCAACAUUUAAAAGACAUAUAAACAAUUCCACAUAUCUUCAGUUUAAAACAAAUACAUUAUUUUGGCAUAUUGAUUGGAUUUUCACUAAUGCAGAGAAUUUCUGUUUGACUGAUAGGCGGGUACCUGAAUCUUUAAAAUUAUCAAAAAUAAUAAAUAAGUAUUUCCAAUUGCAAGAAGGGUCCACCUUACAAACAAAGCUACAAUUUUAUCAAUCAGCAGGAAUUGCAGGUAUAAAAUUGCUUCUGAAAGCUGAAGAAAAGAAGAGGAAACAAUUUUAUGAACUAGAUCCUCAUAUAAGUCUAAAGGACAAUUUAAAAAAUAGACUGAUUAUAGAAUAUCCAGUUAUUCAUGUUGUUUUAAAUGAUCACAUAAGUUGCUAUGAAGUAAUUGAUUCUGAUUUAGAAGAAGAUGAAGAUUUAACAGAUGGAAAUAAAGUUAUACAGAGAAUUAUAGAACAUAGUGAAAAGGAGGAAAAUUUGCUCUACAAAGAAUUUAAAAAUUUAUUGUUCCUUAAUGAAAAUAGUGAUAGUGAAAUGUCUGUUGAAGAUGGAACUUAAUUUAUUCUAUAUUUCUUUUUUAAUUAGAAUAAUUUUGAUUUUAUUUAACAAGUGCAAUGUGAAGUUAAUUUAGAAAUAAUGUUUGAAAGACGUCUUUGUUAAUUACUAAACAAAGGAUGAUGUUUGUUUUUUGCAUUCUUCUCUUAUUUUCAUAACUGUAACUAAAAUUUCUUUUUAAUUAUGAAUUAAAGAUAAUCAUUUGUGCCCUCAAAA